GUUUAUACACGUCUCAACUCCAGUAAUAAAUAUGUACAUUUGCUCUAAAAACCCGUCAUCUUCCCCAAAAAUCUAUGAACAUUUAAAUCACAAAUGAAUUACAACAAUCCUAUCGUCUUCUGACCCUAUAGCUCCCGUUCCCUAACUGUCAUUACCACCUAUAAAUUAUAUACCUUCUCAGUCUCACGCUCACGCUCACGCCGCUCAUUAUCUCGAAAAAGUUAGUCGCUCACCUCGCGGUCGUCUUCGACUCUCACUCACUCUUCAGCUGAUUCUCCACUAAACCAGUAAUCCACCUCUCUCAGAUUCGAUUCUCUCUUUAAGCCUCUCUCAGCUGAUAUACCAGUGGAGUUAUCUCAACUGGGCUGCUCGAGCUUAUCAGCCGCUAAAGGGAGAAAAAGAAAAAAGAAAAGAUAAGAACUCCUGAGUUGCUGAUUGGACCAUGUAGUUCAUGCUGGAGCUGACUAUCUCAACCCCAGCCUUUACAUAUAGGCAGAAAUGUACAGAGAAUAAACAGAGGGAAAAAAACUUGAGACUAACUGUCAUAACUAAUAAGUUAUAACUAUUUAACAGCUGUAAUGAAAUCAAGGUACAAACUUCACAAUUUUCAUCUUGUAAAAUUCAUAUUUGGCGAUUUAAGAUUUGACAAAUAUUUUUUAUUUAUUAUAUUAUUUUCGGUUUUAUAAAGAAAAUUAUCCUUGAUUUUAUUUCUUUUAAUUUCUUCUUUAUUAGGUUUUUAUUUUUGGAAAGAAUAAAGUCUCCUUAUUCUCAAUAUCUUUUUAGACUUUAUGUUCUAGACAGCUCUUAAUUAGCUAAGAAUGGUAACUACUUAAGUUAGUCAAAUGAUGAACUUGACUAUGAACAAGUCCAGAUUCGUACAAUUUUGCAAUUAAAGAAUCUCUGUCUGUUCCUACGAUUUCGACUGCAUUGAUUGUGAUUGAGAAUAAAGUCUCCUUAUUCUCAGUAUCUUUUUAGACUUUAUGUUUCUUUCCAAAUUUAAUUAAUUGAUUCUCUAUUUUAUAGUUAACCGAUUAUAUCUCUAGACAGCUCUCAAUUAGCCAAGAAUGGUAACUACUCAAGUUAGUCAAAGGAUGAACUUGAUUAUGAACAAGUCCAGAUUCGUACAAUUUUGCAACUAAAGAAUCUCUGUCUGUUCCUACGAUUUCGACUACAUUAAUUGUGAUUGAAAGUUCAUUUUGGAAGCUUUUCUUGUGUGUGCUGUGCGUCUAGAAAUGUGUAAAGCUGACUUUGGGUGAGUAUUCUGUGUAUAAAUACGAAUCAAAGCAUCAACCCUAAGGAUCUCUUCCAUUCCUUAAUUUCUUAUACUUUUAGAAGAGUAUGUUUCUUUUGUAAAUGAUAGUUGUUAUGCUAUUCCUUGGUUAGUCUGUGUCCAUGUAAUUGUUUACGAGUUAAGCAAAAUCUCAAAGAGAAGAACGUAAAGAACAACCUUCGGGAGAAGGUUCAUCAAAUCUUGCAUCGGGGGGAAGCAAGCAUUCAUCAAACAAUUUGAAGGGAGUUCAAACUUUGGUCUCUUAAAGAGAUUCAUUCAGCAAACAGAGAGUACAUCAAGCUUGCGACAAAAUCAUUAGAGGGAGUCUAAGUUUUGUUUAAGUCAAUUACUUUGUACUUGUGAAAUUUGACUAAUGAAUCUUAUCUCUAGGCAUGACACUGUGGACUAGUAAUAUCUAAAAUGAUAUUUACACCACGUAAAAACUCUGUGUGACAUUUCAUUAUUCAGUCAUUUCUAUUUUAUCACACUGAUUUGAUAUUCUGUAGUGACAGGAACUUGAUCUGUAGCUUCUGAAUAUUGGUUUGCUGUACCAACUUGUUUGUUUCAUAUUUAAUUAAUUUGGUUAAUUAAAUAAAAAGUUGGCUAUCAUAAAUUACAGAAUUUCAAUUGGUAUCAAAGUAGGUCACUAAACUCUCAGUGAGAUAUUGUGAUUAUUUUUCCAUUUAAUUUGUUUCGUGUGAUGUCAUUUUUCGUAGAAGGAAGCUCCAUAACCCGGCCACCCCUACUCAACGACUCUAUCUAUCCUUAUUGGAAAGUGAGGAUGAGGGCCUUCAUCAAGUCUCAAGAUGAAAGAGCAUGGAGAUCUAUUUUAUCUGGUUGGUCUCCACCGGUUGAAAAAGAUGAUGAAGGUAAUACCAAGGUAAAAUCUGAACUUGAAUGGUCCACUGAGGACGAGUUGUCUGGAUAUAAUAAUAAGGCCUUACAUGCUAUUUUUAUUGGUGUUGGUGAAUGUUUUAUCAAACUAAUUUAUUCAUGUGAUUCAGCAAAAGAAGCUUGGCUAAUUCUUCAAACUCAGUUUGAAGGAAUUGCUGAUGUCAAGCGAACUCGGUUAACAAUUCUUCAAACUAAAUUUGAUGAACUUAGGAUGUUAGAAUCAGAAACUCUCUCUGAAUUUUAUGAAAAAUUGUCUGACAUUGCUAAUGAAUUUUUUGCAUUGGGAGAAAAACUUGAUGAAUCUGUGUUGGUUAGGAAAAUUGUGCGUGCCCUCCUUGAUAGGUUUGAUACAAAACUUUUGGCAAUGAAAGAAGCAAAAGACUUUGGUAAGAUGAAUGUUGAAGAAUUGAUGGGUUCUUUGAGAACGUUUGAAUUAAAUCAACAAAUCAAACAAAAUGACAAGCCAAAACCACCAACUGAUAAAGAUAAAUGUAUUGCUUUCAAGAUUUCUGAAAAAGAAUAUUUUGACAGUGAAGAAGAAGAUGAAAUAGCUUUGUUAGUUAGAAAUUUUCAAAAAUUCAUUAAAAAAGUGAGCAAUAAAAAUAAAAAGAAUUUUUCAAAAUUUUAUAGAGGAAAUACUUCUUCAAAACCAUUUGUUUCUAACAAUAAAAAUGGUAUUCAAUGUAGGGAAUGUAAGGGUUUUGGACAUCCAAUCCGAAUGUGCUAAUACUCUUAAAAAGAAUAAAAAAGGUUUGAAUGUGACUUUGAGUGAUGAUGAUUUACAUAGUAGUGAUAAUGAAUUGCAAAUGUUGCUUUAACUUCUACUGUUUCUAGUAUGCCAAUCUUUUUGCAGGAAAGUAAGGAAGUAAGCAAUAGUGAUAUGAAAAAUGAGCCUUCUGUUGAAGCAGAGUCUGAUUCUGAUGAAUCAGAAUUGGAUGAAGACUCCUUGGUUGAAACGUACAAGGAAGUGUAUGGUAAGUGGUUGGAUGUAUGUUCUGAAAUUCGAUCAAUGACCAAGACUAAAAAAUUUAACUGAAAAAAAUAAUGAGCUUGAAAUUAGUAACAUAAAAUUCGAGUCUAGUCUUGUGAUUGAAAAAAAGGAAAAUAACAAAUUGAAAAAAGAACUUGAAAGCAUAAAAAGAAAUGUAAAAAUGCUAAAUUCAGGUUCUUCAAUUUUUGAGGAUAUUCAGAACAUUGGUCAGAGGAGUCAUGCUGGUUUGGGAUACACUGGAUCUCAAAUGAAUGAGAAAACUUAGUUUGUUAAAGUUGAGAAAUUUUCUACUGGUUGUUCUGAUGGUAUUUUGCAGGUGUCUGAUGUUACAAAAAUGUCUCUUGAACAAACAUAAAUGAGACCUUCAGGUAUAAAUUUCCAAGCCCAUGAAAGGGUGAAAAAAUUCAUACCUAUCUAUCAUUUUUGCAGUAUUAAAGGUCAUGUACAUCCCAAAUGCUUUACCUUGCAAAACAUGUUUAAUUUCAAAUAUUUUGAGAAAUUUAAGAGACCUGAAAAGAGACUGUAACGACCCAAAAUUUGUUAAUAGGGCUUAGUUCCUUGGUUAGCGUGCCAGGAGUGCAUAAUUGGAUAUAUGUAUAUUUAAUUGGUUAAAUGCGUGAUUAUGUGGCAUGCAUGAUUAAUAUGAUUAUAUGAAUAUAGUAUAUGUAUGUUUAUGAGUAUUAGAUAUGCAUGUGGGUCAUUUAUUAGCUUAUAAAGGCAUAUUUAUAAUUUUGGCCCGUUAAGGGCAUAAAUGUGAUUUUAUGUGAUAAAUGGUUGAGACUACAUUAUUAUAUGGAUAUAUUGGUAGUACAUGGCUCCAGGCGAUCCUAGUGAACGAAUUAGCGAAAUAGUCACAACGAGGUUUAAAUACCCGGCUUGGGUGAGCCUAGGGGUAUUUUGAGAAUGUAGAGAAUAUUUUGUGGUUUAUUGGGUAAUGAAUAGAUAUUUGGUAAUUAUUUGGACACGACGUGAUUAAUUGGUUAAUAGUAGGAACACUUGAGGAAUUUGCGGGAAUCGGGAGUGGAAUGACCAUUUUACCCCUAGAGACAAUUAGAGGACUAAUAGGCUUAAAGGGGCAAAAUAGUCUUUUUUUGGGUUAUGAUAUACUCAGAAGACUUAGGAAGUAAACUAGAAUUCUCUCUCUCACCACCCACACGAUUUCUCUCUCACUCUCUCUAGAAAACUCAAGUGACUUUGAAGAAAUAGAAGGAGACCAAGUUGAGAAUUUUGCUGGACUUUAGCUGGGAAACUUGGGAAUUUAAGCUCAAGGAUUGAAGGUUUGAAGCUGAGGGUUUAGCUGCCUUUGAGGUAAGAAUUUUGUUUGAUUUCUGUUAAGAAUAUGGGUGUUAUGAUCACUUGGUUUAGGUCCUUUAGUGGUGAAUUGUUGUUGGCUGAAUUGGUGGUUUCAAUAGAGUUUUCUAGGAUAUAUUAUGCUUAAAAUACUUGACUAAGGGUCCUAGACUUGUUGCUAGGAUUGGUUUGGGUUUGGGAACGUGUUUGGGGUUGAAUUAGUAGGAGUUAUCUAGGAAAAAAGUUGAGGAGAAGUUGGUUUUUCUGGGUCUAGGGGCUCGGGUCGCGGCCCUGUUCUUCAGGUGCCGCGACCCGCAUGAGUUUUGAGGCUGGAGCCUCUGUUUUCCAUGCGCGCAUCGCGACUCGGGGAGUGUAGGUCGUGGCCUGUGUCCCCCAGCAGGGGGGAUUGGAUCUCUACUUGAGGGGCGGGCCGCGACCCUCAAGGGCAAGUCGCGACCCUAAUUAGGGAAUUAAGGAAAAAUGAAGUUUAAGGCUCGGGAAUUCAAGUCUAAGCGCUCGGGAAUUCAAAUCUAAGCGCUCGGGACGAUUUCUACUACCCGGUUGAGUAGAAAUCGAGGUCUCGGAGGCUAGCUAUUGUUUCUUAAACAUUUACUUGAGUUUUGAAUUGAUGGUUACCCAUUGAUACUGUGACUAGGUUAUCGCUAAGGCUCAAAACUGAGCAUCGUGCUCGGGACCGUUCUGUAUCCUUCGCUCGGGAUUUAAGGUAAGAAAACUGCACUCUUGUGUGGUUAUGAACGGGAUUGAGGUUCCCAAUUAUUGAUUGCUUGUACUGUGUGCUUGUAAGAUUGAUGUGAUAUACAAGAAUGAACGACCUAAGAGAGACAGGGCUGACGGUAAGCGUACUGAACGCAACUUGGCCUAAGCGAGUCGGGGUCAGCAAGAUCAACAAGGGGCUCGACCUAAGUGUGCCAACCCUAAAUAAUCGUGGACUUGAGAUUAUGUGUUUAUCAUUGAUCAGUUGAAUAUUUGUACUCUGUUUUAAUGUUGAAUUGAAUGAGUUAAGCUUGAUCGAAUACUAUAAAUGCUACGUGUAUCUGCUAUUUUCUUUGGUUUUCUUGUUGGGCCUUGGCUCACGGGUGCUACGUGGUGCAGGUAAAGGCAAAGGAAAGCUGGACCAACCAUGAGUUGGAGAGCUUUGGGGCGGAGUGCACAUAGUCAGCUGCUCGACCACCAUGGCCGAGGGAGAAUAUAAGGAUAGAGACCUAAAACUUGUAUUUUGCCAUUAGAGUGGCUUUUGUUUGUAUUAAACUUUUGAGGAUUGUAAAUUGUCACUUCAACCCUGUUUUUGGGAUCCCAUGUACUAAACAUCUGUUUUAAUGAAAAUUAAAUG